UCAGUUUCCUUUUUUCCCUUCCGUGUAUGAAGUUACUUCGUUGAGAAUGUCCUACGAGUAUAAUAGCUUCUGUUAAAAGUCAUUAUUCUUCUCUGUUGUGGUUUUCGUGUUUUCUUAAAUUCUUUUUAGCUGAACGUCCUCUCGGAAGUAGCACUGUUAGCUUAGCUCUUUAGCUGGAGGCAGACAGGAGCACAACGAGUCAGAGACACUUUGAUGAAGAACUAUUUCUGGUGGACUUUAAGGAGAUAAAAUAUUCUUCUGCGAUUGUAUGAAAACAUAGGAAGUCCAUAUUGCUGGAGAAAGGAAAGGACGAUGGAGGAGCCACCAGAUGGUGAGCAGACGCACUCUCAGCUUUAUGAUGUCCAACAAGUGUUGGUGGUCAAAGAGGAGCUGGUUGUUGAGGAGGACGACUGGAGUCCCAGACCAGACCAGGAGGACCAGAAUCCUCCUCAGAUUAAAGAGGAAGAGGAGGAGAAUGAGAUCAAAGAGUUAACUUUCAGUCCUGUUCAUGUGAAGAGUGAAGAUGAUGAAGAGAAACCUCAGCUCUCAGAACUUCUUCCCAGUCAGACUGAGGGGAACAGAGACUCUGAGGAAUCAGAUGCUGACAAAACUUCAAACUGUUCUUCAGAGACGGACGUCAGUGAUGGAAACUGGGAGGAAAGUGAAUCUCAGUCAGGUUUAAACUCUGUGAAAACUGAUGCUUUUCCUGUUGUUGAUAGAAAAUGUGGCAAAAGUAAAAAGUUACACAUCUGUCCCGACUGCGGUAAAACAUUCAGAAGCAGGCAAGGUUUGUUAGGACACCACAGAAUACACACUGGAGAAAAUCCUUUCAGCUGCUCCAUCUGUAACAAAACUUUUUCUUCGAAAGGAAACUUGCAAAAACACUCAAAGGUCCACACAGGGGAAAGACCGUUCAAAUGUUCUGUCUGUGGUACAGCUCUUAAAAGUAAAAAUGCAUUAAUUGAACACACAAGAAUCCACACUGGGGAGAAGCCGUUUAGAUGCUCCGUCUGCGGCCGAAGCUUUAGUUUCAGGUCGUAUUUAACUGUUCACAUGAAGUGUCACUCUGAGGAAAAACCUUACAGCUGUUCUCUCUGUACAGCAGCUUUCAAAAGGAAAAACGUCUUAUUGGCCCAUGUAAAAACUCACACUGGAGAGAAGCCUUACAGCUGCUCGGUCUGUGGGAAGAACUUUGCCCACUGUGUAAGUCUAACCUGUCAUAUGAGAAGUCACACAGGAGAGAGACCUUAUAGCUGCUCUGUUUGUAAGGCGACAUUCAAGUGGAAAAAUACAUUCACACAUCAUAUAAAAAUCCAUACUGAUGAGUAACUUUUCAGCUGCCAAGACUCCGGUCAAAACUUAAGAGAUAAGAAUGACUGUACACCAGUCCUCAGUUCCAGACCUUGAGGAACUUGGUUCAACACACCUCAAUUAAAUGACUAUUAAAGUAUAUUUUGUUUUUGAACUAUCAAAAUAAACAUGUAAGCAUGUAUUUAGAGGACGUCUCAAAUAGUCACAGGUGGUUUUGGUCCCUAAGAAAAAUCGUUUUCCACAGUAUUGGAAUGAUUUGUAUUGAGUGUUGAUGGGGUUCAACUCUUGUUACCUGGAUAUGAACUGGACCUUUUGUGUUGUAAAGUGCCUUGAGAUUACAUUUGUAAACUGGUGCCAAAUUAAAUUGAUUCCUGUACAGUA